AUGUGUGUUGUGCAGCUUCUUAAUAAUAAAUAUCAUUUAUUUCUUGCUAGUGUUUACGUAGAGCCUACUAAUGAUAUAAACAACACGCUAAAUCACUUGGAACAUUUUCUCAAGAGUCACGUCAACAAGCAUAUCAUAAUUGGAGGUGAUUUUAAUGGAUGGCAUACUGCUUGGGGCUCAAAUAUUUCUAAUAAAAGAGGCCGUAGUGUUCACGAUAUAAUUAUGUCAAACGAUUUGAUAUUACUCAAUGACGGUAAAUUUCCAACCUUUGAGACGGUGACCCAUGGGGCAAGCCGUACUUCAUUCAUAGAUUUGACGAUGACAUCCGCGAAUAUAUCAAAUAAAAUUUAUGGUUGGCAGGUAAAUAUGAAUGCAUGUCCUACAUCGGAGCAUAAUGCCAUAGACUUCUUUUUAAAACUUAAUAAUGAUACGUUACAUCGAAAAAAGAAACCCACCACUUACAGAUACAACACCAAAAAUGCUGAUUGGUCCUCUUUCUCUAAUCAGAUAAAAACGGUAAUGGAAAAAGAACAGUUAGCAACUAAAAACAUAGAACUAUUUAAUGAACAGGACAUAGAUAAUUACAUAAAGGACAUAACAAAUGUUAUUCAAAAAGUCAGCAGCAAAGUGUUUAAACAUAAAGGAAUAGCUAAAACAUAUAUACCAUGGUGGAAUUCUGACCUAGAAAGACUUAAACUUGGCGUAAUCAAACUGCAUCACAGAAUUCAAACACUAAAGCGUAGCAAGAAACCACUAGACAAUAUAUUACUGGAAAGAAAACAGUUAAAACAAGAAUAUUUGGACGCCAUUAGGAAAGCAUCUACGGAACAUUUUAAGGAAUUUUGCAGCAAGCAAGGGAAGGAAAAUGUCUGGUCGUUAACAAAUAGGCUUUUGAAGAAUUCUCCACAACCUGUUCUUCCAUCUACAAUGCGAAUAAAUUCAUCAAACUUCACCACAUCAUCUAAAGAAACGGCUCAUGUGCUCCUAAACAAGUUUUAUCCUAAUGACACUGAGGACGACACGGAGAUACAAAAACAACUUAGACAAAGUAUGUCUUGUGAACCAAGCACCUCAGAUGAUCGUUUCUUUACAGAAGAAGAAGUAAUCGACUGUCUCAAAACAAUCAAUCCAAAUAAAGCUCCAGGAAACGACCACCUAACUGCGGAUAUUUGCUUAGCAUUCACCACAAUAUAUAAAACAGCCAUAAAUAAACUACUUAACCGAUGUUUUGAAAUAUCUUACUUUCCAAAGCAAUGGAAAAUUGCACAUGCCAUCAUACUUCCUAAAUUUAAUAAAUCAGACUUAUCCGAUCCUUCCUCUUAUCGCCCUAUUGGUCUUAUAAAUGUAUUCGGCAAACUUUUUGAGAAAUUGUUAAGUAAAAGACUAACAUAUCACAUAAACAUCAACAAUAAAACAAACCCAAAACAAUUUGGAUUUAAAGAACAGCUAUCCACAAGCCACGCACUCAAAAAUGCGGUUGAUAUUAUUAGUAGAGCAAAGAGUAAAAAGGAAUUAGUAAUUGCCGUUUCAUUAGACAUACAAGCGGCAUUUGAUAAUGCUUGGUGGCCUAUCUUAUUUAAACGAUUAACAGAAAUUAAAUGUCCAAGAAAUAUAUAUAAAAUUAUACUUAAUUAUAUAAAGGAUCGCUUAGUCACGUUAAAUUACGCCGACGUCACUGUAAAUAAAACUAUGACCAGAGGAUGCAUUCAGGGUUCGGUCUGCGGCCCCAUAUUCUGGAACCUAAUUCUCGAUGACCUCUUUAACAUACCAUUACCCGAAGGAUGUCAUCUGCAAGCCUUUGCAGACGAUGUCUUGCUAAUCGUAGCACACAAAAAUGUAAGUAUACUUCAAAUGACCGCAAACUCAGCCCUUAAGUUGAUCUCUGAAUGGGGCAAAGAAGCUAAGCUUAGAUUUGGUCCAAACAAAACACAAUUAAUAACGUUUACCCCCAAAGCCAAAAUGGCAAACAUUGUAAUGUCUGGUAUAACCUUAGAGUUCAGCAAACAAAUCACACUCCUAGGUGUAAUCAUUGACAGAAACCUGAAAUUCAUUGAACAUGCAAAGUAUAUAACAAACAAAGCUCUUAGCAUAUAUAAAAAACUUUGUAUAUAUGUAAGGCCAACAUGGGGAAUACACCCAGAAAAUAUUGAAAUAAUAUACAGGCAGGUCAUAGAACCCAUAAUCACUUAUGCGGCAGGCAUUUGGGGAGAUGCUACCAAAUUUAAAGUAGUAAGGGACAAAUUAAUAUCCCUACAGCGUGGAUUCGCCAUCAAGAUUAUAAGAGCUUUCAGAACAGUAUCUGCCUCUGCUGCAAUAUCCUUAGCCUUACUCACACCACUUCAUUUAAAAGUAUCAGAAGUUGCUAACAUAGAAACAUCCAAAUUAUCUGGAAAAACAGAGUUUCUACCCGAUGACAUUGCCAUGGAGAAACCAUUGCCCCAUCACAACUUCUUCAUCCAGCUGACAGAAAAACCAUCGAAAUUAAUAUGGCAACUACAAAAGAAGAUAUUGAUAAUUGCAAUAACCAUAUGA